AUGAUGAGAGAGGGGGGGAGGGGGGUUGAAGGGGAGGAGGGGGUCGGAAACAGACAGAGCCAUCUGGCCCCUGUGGCGCGUGCUGCGCGCGUGGUUCCCCAGAGUGCUGCGGCAUGUGACGGCUCUGUCCUGUCGGGGACACGGACAACCACACACCCUGAGAGACACACAACCAUGUCUCCAAAGAUGAGCUGUGAUGUGCUGCCGGCCUUUGAGCCAAACACUCUCUCGAAGAGGAAAGACGCGCUGGAAAUGAGAAAGACUCUCAAACCUCUGAUGGAAAAAAGAAGGCGCGCUCGAAUCAACGACAGCCUCAACCAUCUGAAAAACCUCAUCCUCCCGCUCACAGGCAGAGAUAAAAGCCGUUAUUCCAAACUGGAAAAAGCCGAUAUCCUUGAGAUGACUGUGAGAUUCCUCAGUGAGAUGCCUCCUGCCAACUCCAAAAGUAAGACAGAGAGCUACAAGGAGGGCUACAAAGCGUGUCUGCAGCGCGUCAGCUCCCUGCUCCCCAGGACCAGCCUGGACCAGAGCGCUUGCCAGCGCGUCAAUGACUUCGUGCAACAGUCCAUGUCCGCCAGCCUCACCCCCACCUGCCUGAACUGCUGCGGCCAAAGCUCCAGGAGCCUGCCCCAGCUCCAGCAGCGGCUCCAGAGCCUCAAGUCCAGCCUGAGCUCCAGAUCUCAACCUCAUUCCGCGGCCCCAGGGAGCGCGCAGCAGGCGGUGCACGGGCCCAUGUGGAGGCCCUGGUAG